AAACAGACGACCCGAAUAGGUUGCAAGAAGACCCUCGUGGUUCCAGGGGGGCUUGGCGAAGGCAUAACGUCCAGACACUUCAGGUGCUCGUGCCAAGACCAGAGAUUGCCCUCAUGCAGCAACAAUGUCCAGGCAAACUUCAGUUCCCACAUCUCAGAAUCCCAGCACAGGUAGGUAGCUCAGGCAGCGCUUCCUGCACUGCUUGAGGAUUGGGCACCUACUUUUGCAGCUAAUUGCAUGGGGUUCCUGUGAAGAGCCUAUCACUGGUAUCAGUAAGAUAAUGGCACGCUAAUGCAGCUUUCGCUGGGGUUGUUGUAUCCUUUGACGAAUCUUCUCGCUUGCAUCCUGACAUAGAAUUUUAUCUUCAUGUAUACUCUAAGUGGCACGCAGGCGCCAACCUCAUGAUAGAUGUUUCCACAAAGCUUGAAAACAGAUAUCUAGAAGCUCUCGUAAAAAGUUUGCAGCUCAAUUGACACGGCUUUUGAGAUCUUCACUUGGUUAAAAUGCUUGGAAAAUAUUUGAUAAAAGCAGUGCAGCUGGGGAAAGCUGGUUGUGCAAAGGACUGGCUAAUCCAUGAUACUGGUGGUGCGGAAGUAACGCGUGCACUGGGCGCAGCACUCCUCAAAGCAGACCUUGUCCCAACAAGUGGCGUGAGACGGCGGAACUAUGCAACGGGGUUCACUCUCCCGGCACCGAAGGAACUGAGCUCGAUUCUGAAGAUUGAAACUGUGCGGGACGCCUCCAAAGAAGAGAUUACACGCAUCUGGAACGAGUAUCAUUUCAAGCUGGGCAGGGGGCACGUUAGUACAGUCCUCGAUGCAGCUGCUUUCAAAACAUUCAGAGAAAGGGUCAGUGAAUGUCCUCUCUUCGUUCUCCCUCUCAAAAAGCCGGCCGGCUUCGUCACCAUGUUUCUGCAAGCCCAACUGCCACGUGUCCUCUUCACUGGCCUCGAGGACUACAAGGUCCGGGGGUCGCAAGCUUCUCCAUACCUAGUUGUCACGCACUACGACGAUCUGGCAGAGUCCAAGGACGUCGUACUUGUUCGGGGGGACAUCAUUCUGCCUGCACACCUGAAAGAUGCAGAGGCGACGGAUCUGCUCGAAGCCAGCCACUCGUUCUACUUGAGGCGGGACCUUUUUGAUCACGUUCAAGCUUUCAAUAGAAACAGUGCCAAUUUCGAUUUCAACGAGGUCCUUCGGACACGCGGCAUCUCGCCUUUGUAACAUAGCUUGCUGCGGCGUAAACCGUUAACUAGAAUUGCCUGCGAACUGAACAUUCUAGGUUAAAAGCGUCAUUUGGUAUCAUUUGGUAUGCAUUCCCCAAGUUUUACCUUAAAGCGUCUCCAGUGGGCCUACUAUAGUAAACACGUCCAAUACUUGUCAGGUUGCCAAUCACAUAAGAGCCUCAUAUAGAAUCGUUUAUUAGGAGGGGCAGAAUGUUCUCCGUCCAAAGCAGGGUACAAGUUCCUACAUCAACCAGCGUGUUUAGUCUUUUGCGGGACGUCGGAAUGGAAGUGAACUCCGAUAUCUGGCUGUGAAAAGAAGCUGAUCGACUUGAAAUUGCACAUAUGUACCGAUUCCGGCUCAAAGAUAAACAAGCAACUUCAAUCAAGG